CGUGCCUGUCGGUGCAUGUUUAUAUCCGAUGUAACAGAGUUUUAAUUGUUAAAAGGAAAUGGUUUAUUCAUCGAAAGUGUCGAUGCAAGUCCUAACUAAAAGUCAACCGACAUUCUUUCAUCGUAUGAGAAUAUUGUGACAACGCUGCAUUUGUGUAUAAACCCUGUCGAGUAAAAUAAAAGUGUAUUCGUUGUGGCUAUAAGUGUGUUUACGUGCAAACUCGAUCGGAGAAGUGUCAGUUAUCCAAACCCUGCACCAGCCAUGGAAGACAGAAUCCAAGCCAAAGUAGAGCCCGACAAUCAGUACACAGAAAUGGAGAGCAUGCCAUUUGUCGUGGACGGUACGACGUCGAUGCUGGCCCCUGUGGAGAUCGAGGUUCUGGACACAAUGCCACUCAAUCAGUUUGAAAUGGGUGAAUUUGUCCAGACCGAGGCCAUAAGAUUCGAUCAGAUACCGCAGAAAAUAUGUGUCAAGUAUGUGGCGGGCAGCCAGCUUGAAGAGGUUGCAUCUGACGUGGAAGAGCAAAAUAUGCCCUUGGCGGAGGAAGAAAAUAUGCUGACCAGGCAAUUUUUAGACGGUGAACUGACCUUCUCUGAAUUCACCGACAGAAUGGAAAGAGUUGCCGAUAGUGAACACGAGGAAGCUGUUGUCAGUGAUAGUGGUGCUGCGGAAACUGAAGCAACUCCAGAAGUCAGCACACAGGUUGAUGAAAACAACCCUCAAAAGCCUGCCAAAGGACGAUCCAGAAGAUUUAAAAAAAUAUCUCGAGCACUGGAGGGUCUCAUGGGGGAGGCUAACAUAAGAUACGCCAGGGGGGAAAUAUCAACAGCCAUAGACAUGUGCAAAGAAAUCAUAAGGCAAGAACGAAACGCGCCCGAACCGUACCAGCUGCUCGCGACGAUCUACGAGGCCGACCAGCCGCAAAAGUCCAUGCAAUGCGCCCUAAUAGCAGCGUACCUGAGUCCCCGGGACGCGGAACAGUGGGUGCGUCUAGCGGUCGCGUCGUUAGAGGCCGACGACCUACGCCAGGCCCUCACGUGUUACUCAAAAGCCAUACAAGCCAGUCCCAAGAACAUCGAGCUGUACGAGACGCGAGCCGAGCUGCAGGACAAGUUCGGCGACCGUAAGGCCUACAUCCGCGCCUACUCGAGACUACUCAAUCACCUCGGGCCCAAUGAUGGCGAAAACAUCGUCAAAUACGCCAAAAAGCUCCUCGAACGCUGUAUGCAGGAGAAUUUGUACGAGGCGGCGCUCGACGGUAUGGACAACAUGUUCAGAAAGUGCCCGCGUCACAUGAUUACCCCCGAGAUGGUCAACCUCAUGAUGGACCUGCUGAUAGCUGUGAAGCAGUACAACCGUUGCCUCAGGAUACUCACGGACUUUACGCCCAUCAGCAUCGAGUACGCCGAGAAUGAACAGAAGGGCCCAAACAACGAGAAAAUGGUUCAUGUGAUCGGGUGUAGCGUGCCCGACGAUCUGGCCGUCGAUAUAAAAGCCAAGUGCAUCAUCUCGAUGAUCGAGCUCGACCAGAUAGCCAUAGCCGAGGAGCUGGUCCCCCGUUUCCAGGCCCUCGAGAGCAUCGAGCUCUCGGGCGAUCUCUUUCUCGACAUAGCCGAGGCUUACAUGGGCAAGCGGUGCUUCGAGCGGGCCCUCGGUCUCCUCGAGCCCCUCGUCGCCAGCCAAAACUACAGCCUCGCGGCCGUCUGGCUGAGGCACGCCGAGUGCUGGCACGGCUGCGGCGACUCCCGCAAGGCCAUCCAGUCGUACGAGAUGGUGCUCAGGCUCUCGCCCCAGCACCUGGGCGCCCGUAUGCAACUCGCCGAGCUGUACGACCUCGAGGGCGAGCUCAACCAAGCGAUCGACGUCCUUCGUCUGGAUCCGGAAACGGACGUCCUCGACCCCGGCCUCGUGUACAAGCGCACCCUCCUACUGAGCAAGUGCGACAGGCACAAGGAGUACUUUGAGUCGGGCAUGCUGCUCCUGUCCAGGCACACGAUAGCCCUGCGCUCGAAACAGGAGCUCACCGCCCUGAGCCGCACCGCGGCCUUCAAGCAACGGGUCGACAUCAUCCAACGGACACGGCUAUCCCGGGGCGAGCCCCUCCUGGACGAAGACAGCCCUACCUUCUCGAUGAACAACGAGCCCAGCGAGGAGGACGAGUUCGGGCUGCUCCUCCGCAUGUGCGAUCGGGCCUGCGCCAUGAAAAAGUACGGAUUGCUGCAACGAAUGUGCUUCACCGCGUUGACCUCGCGGCGCUUUAUCGGGCGCAACGGGCACCUGCUCUACAUGUGCUUGAUCUCGUGUAUCAGGAACAACGACACCUUUUCCGGCUUCAACGUCGUGCGCGAGUUCGUCAAGAGCAACAGCCGCAGCGUCGUGCCCUGGAACCUGCUCAACAUCAUCAUACAAAAAGUCACGGACUCGCGACACAGCAGGUUCAUCAUGCGACAGCUGAGCAACGAGAACGUCUUCUCGUGCCUGCACAUACUCCACGCCAACAAUUGCCUCGUCUCCGGGACGUACAAGUACGCCCUCAACGAUUACAUCGCGCUGUUCAAAGUCAGGCCGAACCCGUUGCUCGCGCUCCUCAUAUCCGUCACCCUGCUCCAGAUGGCCUGCCAGAAGUUCUCCUCCAAGAAGAACCAGCUUGUCGCCCAAGCCCUGGCCUUUAUGAAUACGUACGCGACUCUGCGGGAAGAGCAAGGCCAGCAGGAGUCCGAUUACAACAUGGCCCGAGUCUUCCACCAGCUGGGUCUCCUACCCGCGGCUAUGAAAUUUUACAAAAAAGUGCUCGAGUCGCCGCAGCCCGAGCUCGUGAGGCAGAACGAAACUCUGCUGGAUCUCAAGAGAGAGGCUGCCUUCAAUCUGCAUCUUAUCUACUUGCAGUCCGGCAACCAGGACCUGGCCAGGAUGUACAUAGAAGAUUACAUCGUCGUUUGAUUUACCGGUUAUUAUAAGACUGUACAUACGCGCGUGUAAAUAUACGUCAAAUGUGAUUGUCAGUGAUGUUUUUCUUUUUGUAAUGGUGAGCGAA